AUGAAGAUAUUGAACCCUAGAGAUAAGUUUCUCUCCAACUACGAGGUGUCGGUGCAUCUUAAUGAAAUAAAAAAGAAGAAUAACUGGACCUUUAAGCCAGAUGAAGAUACUUCCUUCUCGAAGAAGAAGAAGAGAUUCACUGCAUGUGGCUUGGAUUUGGAAGUAAUAACCAGAGACUUGUCCUCAUAUCUUAAUAGUAGCCCGUGCUCCGUCAUAAAAGAUCCAGAUUCAUUCACAGAACUACUCAAAUUCUUGAAUGAAUUCGACUUGAUGAAGAUUGAAAAGCUACAGAUUGUCAACUCAUUACCUAGAACCAUGGUCUGCCUAUAUGCAGUCGUUGAAGAAUUCGACCUGAGGUUUGAUGAAGAUACUUGUGACAAGAUAAUUGGGAAGAUCAACGAGUUGUUUCCAGUAGAAGGGGCCAAUGAGGAGGAAGGUGAAGAAGAAGGCAAAUUUGAAGAUGCAGAAGAUACGCCAAUGGAAGGGUAA